AUGAAAGGCAGGCAAAGUCACCAGAGGAGCAGAGAGGCUCAGAUCAACCCAGAAACUCUAGCUAUCACUCUGAAGCCCACCUCCUCACCCGCCAUCAGGGAGGUCUCUGCAGUGCUUUUGUGCCUGCUGCUCACAAGUGCUGCCAUCAGCACUCAUGCAUUUACUCAACCAAAUUCAGUGUCCCUUCCAGUCAAGUGCUGCUUUUCUAUGCUCAAGAAAAGGAUCUCUAUCCAGAAGCUGAAGAGCUACACAACAGAUACCAGCAUCUACUGUCCUCAGGAAGCCGUGAUCUUCAGGACCAAAGAUAAAGAAGCCCAGGCUAAUCCCAAGGAGAACUGGGUCAGUGAUCUCAUCAAACAUCUGGAUAAAAUCUCCCAAAGUUUGAAGCCUUGUACUUUCAUUCCUGAACUAAUAGUGAGAGCCUGA